AUGCUGGCCAGAACUUCCCUUGCCGCAUCUUUCCGACCGACGGCGGCGACCACCAUACCCGUCGUGCUCGACUUCCUCGCACCAUCCACGCUGCAGCAGAGCCGUCGCCUGUACCACUCCACCACCACCACCAAUCACUCCGCUGCACCAUCCGCUCCCAGCCCGCCGUCCCCAACCGACCAUCAUGGCGCCCGGAAACCGAGAUACGCCCUCACCGCGAAGCAGCGCGAAUUCCUCGACAGCGCGCUGCGGGUCAACCAAGCCGGCGAGCUGGCGGCGACGCUGAUCUACACGGCGCAAACGCCGCAGGUGGUGCGCUCGCACCCCCACCUGCGCCCGCUGAUGAAGCACAUGUACGACCAGGAGGUCGGGCACUUCAACACAUUCAACCAGCUCAUCGCGAAGCACCGGGUGCGGCCGACGGCGAUGUACCCGGUCUGGUACGCGGCGGCGACCUUCCUGGGCUGGUCCACGGGCGUCCUGGGCCGGGAGGCCGCCAUGGCGUGCACGGAAGCCGUCGAGACGGAGAUCGGAUCGCACUACAACGACCAAGUCCGCGAGAUUCUGUCGUGGAAGGCCGAGGCGGAGCGCCGCGGCGAGGAGCUGGACCCGGAGCUCGAGGAGAUGCUGGCGAACUUCCGGCGCAUCCGCGACGAGGAGCUGGAGCAUCUGGAUCACGCGGUGGAAAAUGAUGCCAAGGAGGCGAAGCCGUACGAUCCCUUGGUUAAUUUCAUCCGCUAUGGAUGCAAGGCUGCCAUCAAGAUUAGCGAGAAGGUCUAG